GAAGUGUUUUGUAUCGGACAUGGACUGCGUGAGAUGGCAAACCAAACAUUUUAUGUAAAGUUGUAAGCCCUGACUCGUGGGGGCUGGCACCAUACCAUGGAGCAGCGGCCUUUAUCUCAUCAUCCGACAAAGCACGGGGGACCACAGAAACAUGCACCUCCUCCACCACAUGCAUCCAAGAGGAAUUACAAGUUGCUCAUUGACCCAGUGCUUGUUAAUGGUGCCAAUAAACUUUAUAGAUUUGAGGGUAUCGUAGAGGGAGACCCCACUUAUCCUCCUGUUGUGCUCCGGGAUCCACGCAAACCAAAAAUAUGGAUUCGACCAGAGACUAUGGACCUUACUGUUCCUCGCUUUAAGAUUGAUUCUGAUUAUGUUGGCCCACCACCUCCUUUAGAAGUCACCAUCUUUAAUAUCAAUGAUAACAUAGAUCGGCAGUUUCUUCAUAAUGAAAUUGUUAAUAAGCACCAGUGUGGUUCUAUACAGCAGCUCGACAUUUUCACACACGAACUCUCCCGGAAGCACCUGGGAGUGGCGAGGCUCGUCUUUGAGGAGCCCGAGUCUGCCCGCCAUUGUGUCAAGAAGCUCAAUAAUGCCACUCUUAUGGGCAAAGUUCUACAAGUGUUCCUCGAUCCUUUUGGAGAGGAGUGUAAAAAGCGAGUUGAGGAAGUUGGACAGUUGUUGGAGGAAGAGGCAAAGAGAGAGGAGGAAGCUAAAGAAGCUAAGAAAAGACCACCACCACCUGCCAAGCCCCCACCUCCAGCCUCAGAUGAUGACAGUCAGUCCAGCAGAGAAAGAGAGAGGCGCAAUACUGAGAAAGAAUUUGAUCGUAACAGAUAUGAAGAGAGUAGAAAGCCAAGCUGUAGUGUUGUCCAGCCGCCCUCCACAUCAGUCAGUUCAACUGUGCCCACCUCCUACUACCAGGAACAGAGACCACCACAGUAUGCGUACCAGCAACAGAACUUCACCAGUUAUGAACAGUAUCACCAUUAUCAGGGCUACUCAUACCAAGAGUACAGAGGAACGUUUCCUACAAAUGUUACAGCUGGUCAUCACUGGAACACUGGAAGCACUGCUGCUGCCCCUCCUCCACAGACUUGGGUUGCCCAUCCCUCUACUCAUGUUCCUACUCACGCGGCUGCCGACCAUCACACGACCAAUUCACACCACUCGUGGGAUGCUUCUCGGUACCAUUCUCUUGAAUACCAGCGUAAUUCCCACAACGACAGUCCUUUUGAAAACAAGGCUACUCCUGCUCGACCAAAACUUGAGGAGAGGCUUGAUACGAUUGAGGCUGCCAUUAACUGUAAACCUAAACAUGAGUCUGAGGAGGAGGAAGAUAAAUCUAACUUGGACUUGGAUACAAGAAUUGCUAUGCUACUGCAAAAUAAAGAUAGUGGCAUGGCUCCUCCGUUCCUUGCUCUUGGACUGGGAAGUGACGAAGAGGAGGAGAAAAAGGAAGGAUUAAGUCAAGAGGAAAAGAAAGUUAAAGACAAGGAAUCUAGUGUUCAAACAACCUCUAGUAGUAGUGUUUCAAAUUCAGACACAGACUCCUCUUCAGACACUGGUAGUGAGAGUGAAGUUGGGGAGGGCUCGAAAGACUCUAGUGGUGGUGAGGGUAAAUCUAAGUGGGCUAUACUUGAAAAUGUUUUAGAACCGUUAUCUACUCCUCCGUCUCCGUUUAUUUCGCAAGAAAAGUACAUUUAUUGGCAUGAAAAGGGAAAUGAACUAAAAAUGGAGGCACAGAGAAGAGAGAGAGAGGAAAAUAGGGAGAGGUUAAAAAAGUUAAAGAAAAAGAAAGUAAAAAAGAAAGAUAAAGUGAGUGAUAAAAGUAAAGAUAUAAAAAGUGAAGUGAAAACGGAACCUAUGCUGGAAGAAAAUCAAGUGAACGGUAUAGACGACGACAGAAUGAGUUUAUCUAGUUUAAGUUCGACGGAGGAUCCAAUUCUCCAUCAAGACGUGCCCAUACCUCCAGCGGGCACCACUGUACCUCCCCCAGGCACACCUUUUUCUGCUCCUCCUCCGGGUUACUCACAUUAUGGACCACCACCUGGGUAUCAGUCUUACCUCACACCUGGGUAUCCUCCUCCAGCCAUACCACAGGAAGCUACGUAUCCAUGGCAGCCACCCCCUGGUUAUCCUGCUAACUUUGUUGCUGGGUAUCCAGGAUAUAAUCCAGGGUACAUGGCCCUUCCUCCAGGCUACUCAACUAUUACUCAACCUCCUCCAGGGACUACCUUAACAGGCCAAAGUCCUUAUCCUCCUUACUUUGGUCCUGGAUACCCACAACCUCAAGAUGGUGAUUCUACUCACAAGAGUGGAGAAUAUCACGACCCAACUAUAAAUGCGGUUCUUGAUACUGUUAUUGAAGAACUAAAGAAUAUUCUUAAACGAGAUUUUAAUAAGAGAAUGAUUGAAGCCACAGCUUUUAAAACAUUUGAAGCUUGGUGGGACGAACAGGAGAGAAAAUUCAAGUUGCAGGCUCAGGCAGAAGCAAAGGAGACCAAUUUAGAAACGGCCGGUCCUCAAGCCCGAAUAGAAAAAAUAAACUCGAUAUCAACAUUAUUAGAGAACCGAGAAGGUUUUGGGCUGGAUUCCUUGGGCACCAUCGGUCUUGGUUUCCGAGCUGCCAUGCCCAAAUUGCCUUCAUUUAGAAAAAUUCGUAAAAUCAAACCGCCUUCUCCCCCUUGUAUGGAUGAAGACAGUCGAGGAAUAGUGUCAGACGAGGACAGUAAACAAUCCAGACCGAAAGUAGAAGAGGAGACCGAUUCUGAUUCUGGACCAGAUGAUCUUGUUCCUGUGCCCUUAAAGAAUAAACCGUCGCCUUCUUCCGUUAAAAGAAAACAAAAGUGGUCGUCCGAUGAUUCAGUCAGAAGUGAUGUGUCGUCGGAUGAGGAAGAGGAGAAGGAAGAGGAGGAGCAGUCUUCGUCGUCUUCAAGUUCAGAGUCAUCGGAGUCAGAGUCUGAGUCAUCUGAGAGUGAAGAGGAGGAGGAGGAACUGGAGGAGCUUAAGGAGUUGCGUCGUUUGGAAGCAGAGUUUGAUGCUCAUGUCAGAUCAGCAGUGGAGUCUGUCAUGCGAACGCCAGAACAUGACCGACCGACUACCCCCCUGCCUGACCUCCUCCCUGACCAGCUGGAAGACACCUGGAUGGAUGAAUCUCCUGCUCCAGCUCCACCUCCAGCUCCCCCCAAGGUGUCAGAACCAACUCCUACUCCAACAAAGAAACCUCCUCCUCCACCCAAGAGUAAAAAGUUGCCAAAGAAAGCAGAGCCAGUCGCUGCCACACCUAAAAAGCCGACUAAACCCCCAGCGGCGGAGAAAAAAAUCAAGACCCUUAAACCCAAGGAGAGAAGAAAAGAAGUGGAACCAGUUAAAAAAGUGCCCGAAAUUCCUUUACAUGUACAUGACUCGGGCUCAGAGACUGACACAGCUGAUGAAAAGAGUGAUCUGGACGAUGGCUUGGGAGAAUCUGCAGAAGCUGCUGAGGCUCUCAUGGCCCUAGCUGGUGCAGAUGUUAAUGGAAGAGUCAGAUCUACUUCCUCCUCCUCCUCCAGCACUUCAUCUUCUUCGGCUUCCAGUCGAAUUUCUGGCUCCACCGGGGAGGAGCAGAGAUCGCCCGUCCUCAUGGAACACAGCUACUGUUUACCAUGGGCACCCAAGGAUGGAACAGAUGCCUCAUUCUUGCCUCCAGAAGAUGUACAGAGGAGGGGUCACAGAAUCAUGGGAGGUUCAGAUCACGACUACACCCGCACCCGAACACCGCCUAAAACUGACAAGAGUAAAGCUUCUAAGACAGCCACAAAGUUCACCACUCCCAAGCCUCGAGGCAAAGAGAAUAGAGAACUGCAGAACAAGAAGGAGGCUCUUGACAAAAGAAAAGCAUUACCUCAGGUGUUGUCCAAAUCAACUGCUUUGCCCAGCUUCAAGCCACGCAACCAGAUGGAAGAAUACAAUGUUCUCUACUCUUUUCUCAUUCGAGGCAUUGAUCAGGAAGAUAUUGAACUUCUCAAAAGAAGUUACGAAGGAAUGCUGGCAGAUGAUAGUCAGUCCUAUUGGCUGAAUGACACUCACUGGGUUGACCAUCCACCUACGGACAUCCCACUCCCACCUAGAAAAAAGCGUAGAAUGGAUGAUCUUCCCAUACAUAAAACUGGUUGUGCUCGUACUGAAGGCAUCUACAAAGUUGACUCCAAACAGAAACAGAAACAUAAGUUUACAUUCCAUCAAGACCAUGCAGCGAGGGCAGCGGAGGAUCCACAACAGCAGAGUCUUGCCGUAUUGGAAUCCAGUAAAGCCAAGCUCACACAGAUGGCUGUUAGCAGAGAAGUGCGGUCCUUCCAGAGAAGACUACUCACAGCGUUUGGCAAUGAAACAGACUCUGAUUUGCUCAAAUUUAAUCAGCUCAAAUUCCGUAAGAAACUCCUGAGAUUCGGCAAAUCACGCAUUCACGACUGGGGACUGUUCGCGAUGGAAGCAAUAGGAUCGGACGAAAUGGUUAUUGAGUACGUCGGCCAGAGUAUACGAUCCAUAAUUGCAGAUCUGAGAGAAAUUCAAUACGAAAAAAUUGGCAUUGGAUCGUCGUACCUCUUCCGUAUCGAUAUGGAAACUAUCAUUGAUGCUACAAAGUGUGGCAAUCUAGCCCGCUUUAUUAACCACUCCUGUAAUCCAAACUGCUAUGCAAAAAUUAUAUCAGUAGAAACCCAGAAAAAGAUUGUAAUAUAUUCCAAGCAGCCAAUUGCGUGUGGUGAAGAAAUAACAUACGAUUACAAAUUCCCAAUAGAAGAAGAGAAGAUUGUGUGUUUAUGUGGUGCUGCACAGUGUAAGGGCACGCUUAAUUAAAAAGGACUACUAUGAGGCAACACACGGGGAAUCAUCUUCCACAGGAGAGCGUGAACCGGUGAUACGAUAAUGGUAAUUUAUUUUGUGACAAUUCAAAAGUAUCCUUUGACAUGUAUGAUUUGUUGUGAACUUCAGUGAUGUGAAAUUACAAUAUUUUGCUGCACUCAUUUUCAGAGUGCAAUACCUCUUAUUCUAAAUGUUAUGUUUAAUGAAUUAUAAUAUAUUUGUAAAUAACUGACAAAGUUUAGUCUUUUUUUAAUGAAAAUUUUAGAAUCUAAUCCACCCAGAAUUAGACUUGAUGCUAUCUGCCAAUUUUUAUCAAAACCUUGUUAAUUGACUGCAUCUAAAAAGUUUUUUAUAUUUUUUCAAAAUUAAAAAAAGAUUGAUAGUCCAAUGUUGAAAGGGAAAAGUUCUGAAUUUUGGUGUACUGUUUUAAGUCAGGUACAGUACAGUUUUCAUUGUCAUAGUUGGCAAUGGCAUUAGAAAAAUCUUCUUCCCCAAUUUCUAUCUUAUUAUCCAUCUCCGUACUGUCUGGUAUACAGGAUGCAGCAGUAGAACAUAAAAUAACAAAUAUGCUCAGCACUUUUACAGUACAAUCUCAGAAAUUUGAAAAUGUUGGGAAUUAGAGCAUUCUUGACUUAUGAAUUUUCUGGUUGUCUGAACAAAGUCAUUCCUCUCUCUCUGCCUUUUCUCCAUGAAUCCGUGAAGCAUUUCUCUCUUAAAGAUCCCAAGAUAAAUUACAGUUCAGUGUAGGGCUGCAGAGCUAUGAAACGAGUUUUCUUACAUAAGUCAUACACAGUAUUGGUUAUUACUUUUCAUAAAAAAUACCUUAACAAAACAGUUUAGAAAGACAAAACAUGAAAAUAAGAUGAAACAGGCUUACAAAGUGCUGCUGCAAGGUGAUUUUCUCUUUAUAAGUAACAGGGAAUACUGUGUGAAUUUUUAAGGUAAUUAUUAUCAGCAGGUGUGCAUUGCUAAAUUGAACGUUUACAAUUUCUGAAACACAGCACUGACAAGCUAAGAAGGCAGCCAGCCAGCCUCUGCCUUGACCACGUGUCCAAAAGGGUUCCAGUUAGGUUGACAUGUCAGUACGUUCAACUUGGCUCUUUUAUCAGUAAUGCAACACAGGCACUACAAUAAAUAAACCUUUAAGCUCUUAUUUUAAUUCGACUUCCUGGUCGUGAUGUCUAAUAACAAAGAAACAGAGGAUGUUGCUGGCCUAUGGAGGUUGGGGUACACCGCAUUGUUUCACAGUACAGUAUAACGAAAAUGUAACUAUUUAAUUAAAUCAUGAAAUCUUUAUUUAAAUUAAUCGUGAAAAUUAGAUGACUAAAUGUUCUGUAUUUUAAACAUAUCAUGAGUUUUAAGUUUCAUAUUUAUACAUGAUGAAUGAAAAGUAUCGUGUCGUAGGAACCACUAGGGACCAUUAACAAUAUAAAGCUUCAAGAGUCUACUGGAGAAGCACUGGGCAGAUUAAAGUGUGAACUGUAGUUUCUGUUACCUGAGCAUAUGGAGUAGCACCAUUACUGAUUGUUGUCUAAUAAGACCCGACACAGAAUAUACUUCAGUAAAUAAGUAAGGAAGGUUGACUUGGCCUGUGAGUAGGGGCAGAGGCUGGUACAUGCUGCAAUAUUUAAUAAUUAAAGCAAACCUUUGUGUAACUAAACAGUGAAAAUUUGAUGAUGGAUUUUUAGCACUGAAUUAUAAAGAUAUCAUGAAUUUUGAAUAUGAACUUUGGGCACUUUUCACUUAAAAUGAGGUCGCAGAAUCACAGAGCAAGCACUGCCACACAUAAAUCCAGCUGAUAGCUUUUACAACAAAAGCAUGUGCAACAGAUUAUUCAAAACAGUGGUUUGUUGAUUAUUUUUUUAAUGGCAGUUUUCUGGGCUCCCAGAUAACUGUUUUCAAAAAGUGAAAUUACUGUAAUGGAAAAAAAAAUUAUGAAUUAGAAUAGUAGAACUUACAAUAACUGUGACACAUCUGUCUUCAUGCAAUAUUUGAAAAAAAAAAUUCCUGAGAAAGUUGAUAAGAUGAGCCUUCUUAUGACAGGAUAAAGAAUUGUGUUUUUAAGGUAUUGUACUGUACUGUAUGUGUAAUGUAAAUUGUAGAUAUUCUGAUUAAGAUAUUGCUUGGAAAUUCAGGCGUGACAAACCACUUGGUCAUAAACUAAAGGACACCUGACAGCUGGCCAUUGUAUAGUACUGGUGGUGUAUACAAUAUCCUCAAGCUGAUAAAAAGUGUUAAUACCAUAUACUAACAUCCAUCUAACCCUCAUAUUGUACUGUACUUCAUAGCAACAAGCACUCUACCAAUCCUCCCUACACCAGGAAUCAAAUCUUGGGACAACCUCAAUAUAUAUCAUUAUGUCCUAAUAAAAUAUACCACACACACACACACACACACACAGAGUAGAACUUCAGUAUAAUUGGGUAAUCAUAGUGAGCAAAUAAUAAAAAAAUGCCAAACAAUCAAGACUCACCCGCUGGUCAACUUACACACUGCCUCUGGUGGUCAAGGCAGGUGUGUAUGGGGGGUCCAUAAAGCAUAGUGACACAGUAAGGUGCAUGGGAACUGAUAGUACCUCAGCUGCGCAUAUCCCAUACAUGUCUUGAGAUACCCAUUGAGGCCUAUAGACCUUUCCAUAGCACCUGAUCUGAAUGAGCGACAAAAACAUAAAAAAAGUACGGCACGAAAAUAACACUUAAUUGGAACUG